CGAAAACAGAAUGAGCUAUUGCAGAAAGGAACACCUUGGUUGGAUGGAACAGAAGGAGUGACUCAAUGUACUAUUUUUAUUUUGCCGGGAGACACCCCUUCAUAGGGUAAGUUUGUAGUGGCCAUAAAACUUCAUUUUACAAGCUUAAUUUUUUGCUAAUGAACCAAAUAUGAUGAGUGGUGAACAAUGCUGUCUCAUUUCCUUUCUUUUCUUCUCUCCUUCAUUUCCUUCCUUUUCUUUUCUCUUCUAAUUGAUGUUAUUAUUUUUUUUUCUUUUUCACUGUACUAAACAUAGCCUUUAAGAAAUUUAAUUCGCAGCAAACUUGUAUGAAGUAGAUAUUGGGUGUGCUCAGUGCACGGUGUGUCGGCUCAUCUGAGUUGUACGUGCACAAUACUUGCUCGCACUGUGUACAACAUGUACAACACCGCGGUGCACCGUGCCCCUGCCUCUCCCAAAACCUUGUAUGGGCUUCCAAUCCGGCAUUAAUUAGAGCAAGUCUUCUAGUCUCUCCCUCUAUAUAUAUAUCAUCUCUGUCAUUGCAUAUCUUUCUCCUAGAAACCAUAGAUUUUAUAUCCCAUCACAUGAAUAUAUGUUGAUUACUAAUCUAUACGCAUCCAUAUUACAAUGGGACCAGCAAAACCGGCAGCUAAGUUUCUUGUCGGACGGGUCAUGUCCAAUAUCGUCCACAACUACAAGAGCAAAACUAGGGCUUUGUGCCUUUUUGUUUCAGUAUUAAGUAGUGUUCCAUUAGCCAAAACAAGAAUUUGUAGAUACAUGUGGGAGGUGAAGUAUGAGUACCAGUUUCCUGAUUGCUACAAGAAACUGGUUAUAGCCAUUAAUGGGAGAACCCCAGGUCCCUCAAUCAUAGAACAACAAAAUGAUACAAUCGUAGUGCAUGGAGCUAACCAACAGUUUGUUAACUCAGAAUGCCGCGAUCCAUUGGCACGGAAUCAAACAGGAAGGAACAGAAUGAGUGACUCAAAUGUCCUAUUUUGCCAGGAGACACCUUCACAUACCAGUUUGUUGUUGAUAGGCCUGGGACAUGCUUGUACCAUCCACAUUAUGGUAUGCAGAGAGAAGCCAGGGAUCAAUCCGCGUAUGGAGAAUCCGAGCCCUUUUCAUAUGACUAUGAUCGAAGCAUCAUACUCGUAUGGCAGCUGAAUAUUGUCCACAACUAUAAGAGCAAAAACUAGUUUCUUGCAUGCAAUACAAUGCUGCCACAAACUUCUCAUCUCCACUUCAUACUGGUGAAUUUUCUGUUUGGUUUACCAGAAAAUUUAGGAAAUUUUCAUACACAAGUAAAGUCUCUUUCUCUAAUAAUAAUUUGUUUUAAUUGUUUGGAAUCCACAAUUUCAUAGGCAUUUAAUUUUUCAAUU